AUGCACUGCCAUCUCGGCCAUCUCCUCUCGAGCGGAGAGGGUGCGGACAUCGCGCUCGAGGUGGACGGAGAGACGUUCUCGGCGCAUAGGAGCAUACUCGCUGCUCGGUCGCCGGUUUUCACGGCGCAGCUGUUUGGCCCGAUGAGGGAGAACACUGCGGUUUGCGUGUGGAUCGAAGGCGUAGAAGUAGGAGUGUUCAAGGCCUUGCUCCACUUCGUGUACACCGACUCGCUGCCUGAGGUAGGGGACGGUGAAGCAAUGGCCAUGGCGCAACAUUUACUCGUUGCAGCAGAUAGAUAUAGUCUGGAGAGGCUGAAGCUAAUCUGCGAGGACAAGCUUUGCAACCACAUCGACACGAGCACUGUUGGGACAAUAUUGGCAUUGGCUGAGCAGCAUAGUUGCCAUGGGCUCUAG